CUCUUUUGCCUCGCACUUGCUUUGACUCAUGGCACAAACAAAGGGGUCGAGGUCCAAUCCGUAGACGCUAUGGGCGUCCUUCAAUUUAUGUGGCUGGUCUCGGACAACACACCUCUAACAAGCGAGGUAGCACGCGUGAACGAGCCAACAACGAACAGGCUGCGCAAAGCUGGGAUGGUGGAGCUGGACGGCGCUAGCAGGAUGUCGCGCGCCAGUUGGAUUGACAUGAGCUACCGGCCUGUAGAGGCUAAUGACCAUCAUUAAGGACUGAUUCAUUCUGGUGGGACCAUUUUAUCGUUUGGCCCAGGAUUCUGUUGUCAGGACUCCAGUAUCUAGAAUUUCUUCUCCACCGUAUGAGACUCAUAUCUUCCUCCAGAACGUUUUGUUACCAUAUAUCACCUAUGCCCCUUCCCGAUAGCUGAGCCUGUUUCAUAUUGCUUCUCAUGUG